AGGCGGCGGCGGGCCUGGCGCUGGGGCAGCUUCGGCGCGCCUGGCUGGGCCCGGCGGCCCGGUUGGGGACGGGAGGGUGUUCUCGCGGACUCGGCCACCCAGCUGCCUGUGUCGCCGGAAGACCGCAGGGAUCAGGCCUCGAGGUAGCUGACGGGGUUCGGAAGGCGCUCCUCAGGCUUCGCUUUUCAGGCGCGCGUAACCCGAGGCCAUGGUGACCGACUUCGACGAGAAGCACGACGAGCACUUGGUGCUGCUGCAGCAGAGAAACAGGAUCCUGAAGGCCCUGGAGAGGAAGGACCCUCUGCAGCUCCGGCUGAAGCAGCUGGAGCAGGGCUUCACUUUGUACGUGAACGGUGCCAACUCGGAGGCGAGCCGCGGCCGCAAAGUCAGCCCUCCGGCCCUUCUCGGGAGCGGCGGCGCGCGAACCCCCAGAGCGAACCCUGUGAGUACCAAAGACCUGUUAAAACAAGAAGAACAGCGAGAGAGGAGCACCCAAAGUGCACCUAGUAAAAUCCAACGUCGGGAAUGGCUCCAGAAAGCCGUGCAGAUCAAGACAGAAACUGGAUCUAGGCUCUGCAUUGCUCCCCCUUGUGAGUAUUCAGAGGAUUUUGAAUCUGAGGAAAGUUUAGAUCUUCAGACAACUGGCUGUGAAGAGAAUGGUACUUUCCAGGAACUCCGGCAAAGCUUGGAGUUUGGCAAGAGCCAAAACAAGGUGAAAGGGGAAUGUUCCGAGGAUUCUGACUCCAUUGAGGAGGAGGUUCCCACUGAAGUCCCUGAGGAGAAAGAACCCACUGAAUGUCUGGGAGGGGCCGCUGAGCCGCUCCUUGCCAAAGCAGUGCUCUCCCCUCUGCCUGGCGCAGGCUCUGCUCCGGCCGCUGAGCCUCUUGUGUUGGAGUUCAAGCCAACCUGCCCAGGUGUUAAGAAGGAGCAAAGUCUCUCUGCAAAAAGGAAGGGCACUGCUGAAACCUACAUGCCCAUCAAGCCCAUGAGUCCGGCAGCUGCAGGUCGUUGGUACCUGGAAGAACAGGAAGGAAACGCCUCCAGACCAAUAAGCCGAUCAGAAAGACCACUCUCAGCUGUUCGCAAAAAUGUGUGCGAGAAGAAGGAUCCAGCACAUGCUGCUUCCAUUGUCCUCAAAGCUAUGCAAGCAGAAAAUGAGACGCUACAAAAGGAGGUGCUCUGUAGGCAACUGGAGGUUUCUGCAGAGUCACUGCUGGCUUCCGGUUCUGCAACAGUGGGCCUUCCUCCAAAACAGCAGGAGGAUGUAGUUGUCUCCACAGCUCUGGAACAGAUUGGACUUCUGGAAAACAGGCAACAAAAGAAACUUCUCAAAGCUCUCCAAAAGACCGAGACUUUGUCCGUCUGCCGUGGCCCUGCAGCUUUGGGCUUUGGACAGCUACAGCUUCCUGUUCCGGGCCAUGUGGGAUUGGAAACGGAGGUCCAGGAUGCCAUCUAUAUUACUCUAGAGAUCCUCUCCAACUGGGGAGACGUGUCCCGUGUGGGUCUGACAGAAGUGGAGUUCUUUGAUUUGAAUUUUGAGAGAGUAUUUGUGUCUCCUCACGAUGUGGACAUCCGACAUGCGGAUCCACCUGGAGAGCUGAGCUGCUUAGUUAACCGAAGCACAAAUGUUCCCAGAGAGCUUCUCCCCUGGUCAUGCCUCUUCCAGCCUCCGGUGCAGCUGUACUUCAUUGUCCGAAACCCCAGCCUCUCAGGAGACUUUGGCCUAUCCAGAAUCAGGAUCUGGAAUUACAGCUCGACCGUUCGUGGUGAUCUGAAUAUUGGAGCCAGAAAUAUUAUUGUAUAUGUUGAUGGGUGUCUAAUCUUUGCUGGGGAGCUGCAGAAGGGCUGCUUGGCUCAUGAUCCUGAUGGCAAUGGCUGCACCUCCAUUGAUCUCCCAACGGACCUUCCCCUUCCUCCAAAGGGAAAGAUAGACAAGAAUUGGGCUUCUGCAGAUCCAAGAGAGGAGCUUGACAAGCUGCUGCUGUUCGAUUGGAAGCCUUCUAUAAAAGAAAACUGCCUUGAGGAAAAAGAGGGAACUGGUGAUUCUGAUCUGCAACCCAACCCAAAGAUCAGCAGCCUCAUCUCGUGGGAGACUGCAAGGUGUGUCUCCCCUGAGGAUGACAGUUCCCUGAGUGAGAAAACGGAAGAAUAUUCUCAAUCAGCCACUUUGACUUCCCCUGAUAUUCUGACUUCUCCUGAGGCAAAGGGGGAGAUGCAGCUUAGCUGUGGAAAGCAAAAACCGCCUCCUUUGGGAUUACAAGUCCAGCUGCCUUCAGAGAGCAUCAAGAGAGGCUGUCUAAGAACACCUGAUGGGAGUCCCCAUCUCUCUCCAACUGAGGAACAGCAAACCAGCAGUGAGGCCCCAGAGGCAGGCAAGAGACCCUCAGACGAGAACCAGGAGUCCAUUCCUGACCUGGAUUUCUUGAAACCACUUCUUUAUAAACACGGUGGUCCAACUGAGUUACUUCGCCCUGAUCAAGAUCUGAAAGACAGAGAGCAGGAAGAAUUCAGCCACCCCUUCUACACAGAGAAAGCUUCCCUUGACAAAGAGGAGCUCUUCCCAGCCAAAGGCAGCACGAGGCCCUCGAGAGCCAAGUGGGGCACUUCUCAGGAGUACAUGCUGCAGGAAUCUUGGAAUUCAUUAUUGAAAUUCAAUCGUUUGCAUCGUGGUCGAAUCUCUAACAUGGAUUUCCAAGGUGACAUUUUUGAUGAGUUUCUCCAGCAGCAGAAAAUUAGCCGGCAAGAAGAUCAGAAGCUCAGGAUAAAGGACCAGACACGGGGGCUGCCAGUGCAGAAGGCGGCCAACAGCUACUUAGAUCUAGAAGAUGAGAGCGAAUUUAAAAUCCCCAUCUUACCUCAUGGUCAGCACUUAAAAAUUGAUAUCAGGUCAACCUGGGGAGACAGACACUAUGUUGGUCUGAAUGGACUUGAGCUGUUUAGCUCAAAAGGUGAGCCCAUCCAGAUUGUAAAAAUCACUGCCAACCCACCUGAUAUCAACGUCUUGCCUGCGUAUGGCAAAGACCCCCGGAUAGUAACUAAUCUGCUGGAUGGAGUGAACCGGACACAGGAUGACAUGCACCUCUGGCUGGCUCCCUUCACUCCAGGAAAAUCACACUGUGUUUGCCUGGACUUUGCAAAGCCAUGUGAGGUAGCCAUGAUUCGCAUCUGGAAUUACAACAAGUCUCGCAUCCAUUCCUUUCGGGGGGUGAAGGACCUCUCCAUUCUCCUGGAUGAAUGCUGCAUUUUCCAAGGAGAAAUCGCCAAGGCUUCAGGGACACUUGCUGGAGGUCCAGAACAAUUUGGAGACACCAUCCUGUUCACAACUGAUGAGGACAUUCUCGAGGCCAUUUACUGUUAUGAUGAGUCCUGCGAGGACGAAAUUGAAAGCAGGUGCAGCUUCAGCUACGAGGAGGAGCUGAAGAGGCCGAGAACAGCUGAUGGAGAAGGGGACGAGAGGCCCUUCACUCAGGCGGGUUCCAGGACAGAAGACAAGCUGAGUGAGGAGCAAAUUGCAGGGUCAGAUUCCCUCUCCGAGGUCAUGACAAGCAGAGAACCUGGAGUCUACUCUGGAAAAUGCCUGUUGCUGAAUUUCACCGCUUCUUGGGGAGAUUCACAUUACCUUGGACUGACAGGGCUUGAAGUGGUCGGAAAGGAUGGCCAAGCAAUCCCAUUUUCUGUGGAUCAGCUUUCUGCUUCUCCUCAGGAUCUCAAUGAUCUUGUGGAGUAUGUGGAUGAUUCAAGGACCUUAGAUAAAUUGAUUGAUGGAAAAAACAUCACUAUGGAAGAUAACCACAUGUGGCUCAUUCCCUUUUGCCCGGGAGAAGAUCACCUGGUAACCAUCCAUUUUACCCAAGUAGAAAAUAUUGCGGGGCUUCGCAUCUGGAACUACAACAAAUCUCCUGAGGACACCUAUCGAGGGGCAAAGAUGGUCCAGGUGUGGUUGGACGGCUGCUGCAUUUCCCCUCCGGGGGGCUUUCUUAUUCGCAAAGGACCAGGCAACUGUCACUUUGACUUUGCUCAAGAGAUCCUCUUCAUCAACUACCUUGUGGGUCCCACAGUUGCUCCAGCAUGUGAGGGGAGUGAAGUGAAGAAGAGGGAGCAAAGCAGUAUGGAGUACGAAGCACCACUGAUGCCGUGUGGAUUCAUUUUCCAGUUCCAGCUACUCACGAGUUGGAGUGAUCCAUAUUACAUUGGUUUAAAUGGGCUGGAGCUGUAUAAUGAACACGGAGAGAAGAUUCCUUUAAAUCAGAACAACAUUGCAGCUUUUCCUGACAGCGUCAAUGUCCUGGACGGAGUCUGUGGAGAUAUUCGAACACCAGACAAGCUCAUUGACGGUGUGAAUCACAGCAAUGACGGAAGGCACAUGUGGCUUGCACCAAUUCUGCCAGGGCUGGUAUGGUUCCCUCUUGCAUUCUGUCACAGGCACUGCCCAACAGUCUGUCCAAAAGACCAGGUGAAUCGAGUUUACAUUAUCUUUGACUUGCCAACUACCAUUUCCAUGAUCAAGCUGUGGAAUUAUGCAAAAACUCCACAGCGAGGAGUCAAGGAAUUUGGACUCCUUGUGGAUGAUUUACUGGUAUACAACGGCAUUCUCGACCUGGUGAGCCACCUGGUCCCUGGCAUUCUUCCUACCUGUGAGCCUGUCGUUCCCCAUCACACCUUCCUCUUUACAGAGGACGAGAAGAUCUGCAGGCAGGAGAGGAGCACCAUGGUUAGCAACCAAAUGGAAGACCAGGAGGUGCGGCUGACGAAUGAAAAGCACCUUAUAUCCUCUUCCCGAAAGAAGCAACAGGGAGCUGCUGAUCCAGCUCUUCGUCCUAAAACCUGCAUUCAAGAUAAAGGACCAUUGCGGAGAACCAGACAGUGAGGAAAGAACAGGGUGGCCAGCCUUCUACUGCCCAUUGGCUGCCCAAGAAGAGAGAGAAGCCUGCACCACUGGCACCCAGUUCCCAACCGGAAUCACGAGGGGGAACUCUGGGUGGGAAUGAACUGGCUGUUGGUGCUGCUGAGACCAUCAGAAGCACUUCUGUCACCUGCAGGUUGAUUGUAGUUCUCUUUGCUUCUCCUUCUCACAAGAGGCUUUGGCUGAACUCGAGCAGGCUUGGAUGUGUGAUGUGGAAAGAGGAUAGGCAACAGCCCAGCCCUGGUUCACAAGCUUGAGAGGAGGGGAGCUUUCUGUAACUUCCACAGGGAGCCUUAGGGGUGCCUUUGGUGAUGCGGGGAGAAAAGAAGGGCCAACGUGGGUGCCAUUAAGGACAAAGGAGCACACAGCUCCCUUUUACCCUUGUGCGCGUGCUUCACUAACAUGCACAUCAUGUAUUUUCCCUGCAGUUUCAGAGAAAGUAUUUCAGCCACUUUAGAAAUUAACGGCAUCAAAGCCCGUAGGAGUGCCACCUUCAGCGGCCAGCCCAAAGGCCUUCCUGUGCAAUAGCUACAGUGGCUGAAAGUGGCUGAGGGCUGGGGUCACAGCCAAAUGUGACUAAGAGAAAGACCAGCUGCAACUCCCAUGCCCAGGAGCUCAACUGCCAUGGGCUGCCCCGCUUCUAAAGUGGAAUGAGCAGAGAAGCUUGGUACCUUUCUUGGCAUUUCUUACAAGGUUGCCUUCUAUCCUUGGAGGCAUCUCCUGAAACCAAGCCAGAAGGCAGAAAGUGGCCUAGGUCUCCUUGAACAGCAAGUGCCUUACUUAAAAUGUUCCCAGUUGCAGCGUAUCAACUGCUCGCAAGUACCAGAUUCUCAUGGUUGUGGUUACUCUUUACUGUUUGUCACACAGUACACAUAAACCCAGAUUAUUUCUUUUUGUCUCGUUAGCCUAUUAACCUCAUUGACUUGAGCCCCCUUGGCUAGCACAAAGGAUGCCCAGGGAGGCUGCCCUUUGACUUUGGAAGAAAAUGAAGAAAGCCUGGCAGGCCAAUCGCUACAAAAACUAUGAAGCUGACCUUUGGGCUUACUGCCACCAUCACUGUGUCCCGUUUCUGCCAUUUCUGUAGCUUGAGCACAGGGUCCAAGAGCUGGUCCUGCAAAGAAUGAGGAUCUGUGCCUUGUCUCUUCAACAGAGUUGGCCCAGCCCUAUUCGCUUACCAUGGCAACUUUUGUAACUUGGCCUUGGCAGAGCUUUUGCUAAGCCUUCACAAGCAUUGCCUAAAUGCCAGAGAACUACGAGGGCACAACUUAAUACAUCCCUCCCCCCAAAAAAGAUCUGGACCUGUUUUGAAGGAUCACAAGUUUAUUUUUUCUAGAUAAAUAUUUUUUUGGCAGACAACUCGUCUCUGCUUGCAACAGAGAUGGUGUCUUGCACACAGUAUGCAUUUUAGUUGGCGUUUUCCGUCGUAGGAGCAACUCUGGUUUCAGGUUAGGCUCAGAGUGAGGUUGCAGAAUAUGAAGUUGAACCUCAGCUUUUGUUGACAUGCAUUUCCCCAACAUCACAUGAGAUCAUUCUCGGUCCCUAAAUGUUGCUGAAGUAGACUGAGAAUGGGAAGAGAUUAUGAGUGGUUUUUACUAACAGGGCUUAAAGUAUUUUUAUAGCCUAGCAAGGGUUAUUUUUCCCCCCUAUGUCCAACAAUAGCAGUACUAAAACUUCUCAGGUGAAACAAAGAAUUAUGGUUGAGAACAGGAUUGGAAAGAUCCAGUUUUGUGACAAGAUUGAUUGCUUAGUGCUAAGAAUAAAUUCCUGGCUUUGAACACUA